UUAGUGCUGACACCUGUGCCAGAGAGUGGCUACAGUACCAGGGCAACUGCUAUGGAUAUUUUGAGGCCAAGAAGACAUGGGAAGAAGCUGAGAUUGAGUGCCAGAGUUACCACCGUGGGACCCAUUUGGCAUCCAUUCUCACUCUUGCAGAGACUCUCGUGGUGGCUAAUCACAUAAAAUCCUACCAGACUAAAUCCAGCAAUGUGUGGAUUGGAUUGCAUGACAUUAGACAUAAUGGAAAAUGGAGAUGGUCUGAUGAAUCCACCUACAACUACAAGGCAUGGAUGCUGGGAAAACCCAACUUGGGAACAAAGGAAUAUUGUGUUGACUUGUUCUUCUUCCUCGUAGAUUUCACAAAAUGGAAUAACACGGCAUGUCACAAACUGAAUGCCUACAUCUGCAAGCAUGGAUUGUAG